AAAUUGAAUAUAGUGAAUGUGAGGGUGGUGAAGAACCAGAAAAGCGUUUGAUACCCGCCACUGCUUCUAAGAUUGACUCUUCUACGCUUCUUCGUUUCCAUUGACUAACCAUUCUUCAUUCUUUCCUUUUCCUUUUCCUUCUCAUUUUUUCACUCUUUUUCAGGUAGACAGAGUAUGGAUAUUGAUUCGAUUUUCGGGACAACUCGACCCGUGAGUGUUCCAAGGAAGAGUGCCAUUUAUGUGUGGGGAUACAAUCAAUCAGGGCAGACGGGUAGAAAGGGGAAGGAGGACCAGCUGAGGAUUCCGAAGCAGCUGCCUCCUGAGCUGUUUGGAUGUCCGGCUGGCACCAAUGCACGAUGGUUGGACGUUGCCUGUGGCCGGGAGCACACGGCGGCAAUUGCUUCCGAUGGCUCACUCUUCACUUGGGGCGCUAAUGACUUUGGUCAAUUGGGUGAUGGAACUGAGGCGCGAAGGAAACAUCCAAAAAAAGUAAAGCAAUUAGAGUCAGAGUUUGUAAAAUCUGUAUCCUGUGGAGCACAUUGUUCUGCUUGCAUUGCUGAACCUCGAGAAAAUGACGGUACCAUCUCCACAAGAAGGCUCUGGGUGUGGGGACAAAAUCAGGGAUCAAAUCUUCCAAGGUUAUUUUGGGGAGCCUUCCAACCUAAUACAAUUAUCCGUGAAGUGUCUUGUGGAGCUGUCCAUGUUGUUGCUUUGUCUGAAGAAGGCGUACUACAAGCUUGGGGCUACAAUGAAUAUGGUCAACUUGGCCGUGGUGUUACUUGUGAAGGACUACAGGGUGCUCGUAUUUUAAGUUCUUAUGCUAAAUUUCUUGAUGAAUCCCCUGAGCUUGUGAAGAUUGCCAGAGUGUCAUGCGGGGAGUACCACACAGCAGCCAUUUCUGAUAAGGGCGAGGUUUACACAUGGGGGCUUGGAAAUAUGGGCCAGCUUGGGCAUUCUUCACUCCAGUAUGGGGAUAAAGAGUUAAUUCCAAGGAGAGUGGUUACACUUGAGGAUGUUUUCAUAAAGGAUGUGGCGUGUGGUGGUGUACACACGUGUGCUGUAACUCAGGGAGGAGCACUUUAUGCCUGGGGGGGCGGUCAGUCUGGGCAGCUAGGACUUGGCCCCCAAACUGGAUUAUUCUCGUGUGUUGCUAAUGACUCGCAUACAUUUUUCCGAAACAUUCCAGUUUUAGUUGUUCCUAAAGGUGUUCAACUUGUUGCUUGUGGACAUUCCCACACACUUAUCUCUAUGAGUGAUGGUCGAAUUCAUGGAUGGGGUUACAAUAAUUAUGGCCAGGCAGCCAAUGAGAAAUGUACAUAUGCUUGGUAUCCAUCACCAGUUGACUGGUGUGUUGGGGAGGUUCGGAAACUUGCUGCUGGUGGUGGCCAUUCAGCUGUGUUGACUGAUGCUUGUUCGUUAAAGGAGUUAUGUGAGUUUGUACUUGCAGAUAGCAUGACUUUAGCCAAUGCUGCUAAGGUUGAGGAUAUUGCAUAUAGAACUGGAUCAGAUGCUUUGGCACGCCUUUGUGGAAGACUCAGGUACGUGUGGUGUUUAUGAUUUUUAUAUAAACUGC